AUGAAACGGAGAAAGACAAUAAAGGGGCAGCAAGCUAAUAAAGAAUCUUCGCCUGCAUCACCUUCCGUGAAGAUUAAGAAAAGCAGCGAUGAAGUUAUAAAAGCUGACAACGAAGCUCGAGAGAACAAGGAUGACGAUGAAUUAAUUUUGCAGGAUCUAAUCGACGAUCCUUCAGUAUUUAUUGAUAAAUUUAAUCAACAUUGCGAAGACAUCAAACGAUCUAUGCAGACAAUAAAGAAAGUAAAGCUAUAUUCGGCUGAGAAUUCUACCAGAGAAGUUGCGAAAAUAAAACCUCAAGCCUUAAUGUCAAUAUUGUCCCUACGAGAAAUUAAUAGAAUCUCUCAGAUGUUAUGCAAAAAUGCUAAAGAUUCUACGCAAGAGGCCAAGCAAAAAUGCGAAUCAGUCCAACUGCAAUUGGAGAAUUUACUAUAUGAGAUUGUUCAUUUAAAAGAAGAAAUCUCUAAAUGUGGACAAUUUAAGUCGUGUGGCGAUGAUAUAACAUUGCUCGAAGUAGAAGAAUUUUAUCGAGUAGCUCCUGAAAAUAUAUCUUUACCGGAAAGAACCCGUCAUGAUCCGCAUCAAUUGAAGUUGGCACAGUUACAGUGGGAGUUGCAAGAACGUGAAAAAUUAGCUGAGAAAUGUAGGCUAGCAAAAGAGGAAAAAGAUAGAUUGAUCAAACGAAUCGAAGAUAAACGGAAACGAAUCAGGAAUUUAAAUCCCUUGUUAGAUAGUGUGCUUACGGCUACACGGCCGUUACAAGACUAUCUAUCUUUAAGCAUUAGUCAGGUAGACAGUUCUUCCUCUGCACGAUAUUUACCUAGACCAUUAUACUUCUUAUUUGUACAAGCCAACGCAUAUCAGGAAGCAAAUGACUCUGAUAUAGGUGUAACUAUUACUGGUGAUCUACACAAGGCAAAACAAUUUGAUCAAAAUGUUGUCGAGGAAUCUAUUCGAAGAGCCUCCAGCUCUCAAUCGGGACAGGGAAAUAAGAAGAAUCUGGAAUUAAAGAACCUAUUAACGCCACACCCAUUAAGCGUUUCUCUUAGGUUAAAAGAGUCAGAUGGAAAUUCAAUGGCUUUAAGUGUUUAUUAUUAUCCAAUCUUAAAUAUUUGCGCUGUAAAAGGGGUGAAAAUUGAAGUGUCAUUUAAAUUACCAGAUGUCUCUAGCGUAAGGCAAACAAUUGAAGAUUCAAGUCUACUAUCUUGCCUCUUUCCGGGUGAUACUGGUAAAGAUACACCGAAUGCUACUAAUCAUCAGCAAUUGCAAAGCCUAGGAUUGCCGAGUUUCAAUCAAUUUGUGAAGGAAAUUGGUAAUCCUUACAUAUGGGCUCAGUCAAUUACGGGAUUGCAAUUUUUUUCGCUAGAAAAAGAGGAAUUGCCGAUGGAACCUGCUGGUGCAGAUUUAUUGCCGAAUGUGGUAAAUGCUAUUUUGGCUAGAACGAAAUCGAAAGCCAGCUUACUUAAGCAACUGAUUGCUUUAGAAAACUUGCAGAUGUUUCCUACAAACUCAGAUGGAAAACUAUUUCCUAUUCAUACUUAUUCGCAGAUCAAAGAAUUUAAAGUCGGCACCGACGUAAAUAUCGAGUCUAUUAAGAAGAUGUCUGCCAUAUUAAAUAAAAAAUUGCAAAGUGGUAACACUACUGCAGUAUCUAUUAAGUUUUCGUACCGCCGAGUAAAGCUAUAUGCUGUCGUUCUGCUGGAACCUGAUUAUCCAGUUCACCCACCGUUGACUAAUAUUACAAUUUCCAGUGAUCAAAGGGAAUUGACCGCUAAUAUCAACGCAGAUAUUAAGUGCAUCGAAGCGGAAAUCAACGUCUUUUAUCAAGAAUUGCUGGAAUAUGAUUCUGCUGAUUUCAUGCUGACUAAUAUCCUAAAGCGCUUACAAGUUUGUUUUGAAAUUUGUAUUGAAUCAAGAUUAAAAGAAUUACGCGAUAAGCCUGUUACAGAUUUGCCUCAGCGAAUGAUUCUUCAGUCAUGUAGAGGUCGUGACCGAGUUAAACCGUAUAAAUACCUCGAGAAUCCUGGUUGUUUUACGACUAGGUCAACAGCUUUAUAG